UAGGAUACAGCUGGUCCAGUAUGGCGGCGCCCAGGCGUGUUUAAGGCGAGGAUGGUUCUCCGUGGAUGACUGAAGCUGCUGUUAAGCGAACAGUGGUGAAUAGUAGAAAUAUAAGAUAACAAAGUGAGUCCGACAGCGCAGCCUAGCAGAGCUCAGGUGUAACUGGAGAAAUGUCGCGGUCCUCCUCACUGUCACUGCCGUCACUGCCAGCGACCGUGUCAACUCACUUUCUCUGCACUGGCAGCAUGACGGUGAACUGGCACUGAGAGCUGGCGGGGGCGAUGUCCAGAGUGGGUGUGGUGUUUGGGGGCUCCCGUGGCAUCGGCCGUGCAGUUUCCUGGCUGUUGGCAGAAAGGGGACACAGGGUGGUGGUGGUGUCCAGAAACCUGGAAGCAGCACAGGCCACGGCAGACUCUCUUCCUGGAGGGGAGCAUUUAGGCCUCAGCUGUGAUGUUUCUAGAGAACAAGAGGUCCAGAGAGCGUUUGAGACCCUCACUAAGACCUGUGGUCCUGUGGGAUAUCUGGUGAACGCAGCAGGCAUCAACAGAGAUGCGUUAUUAUUAAGGAGUAAAUCUGAGGACAUGGUGUCUGUUCUUCACACCAACCUGCUUGGCUCCAUGCUUACCUGCAGGGCGGCGCUACGGAGCAUGCUGAGCAAAGGGGGUGCUAUUGUCAACAUAGGCUCGGUGGUGGGUGUGAAGGGAAAUGCUGGUCAGUGUGUGUACAGCGCCAGCAAAGCUGGCCUGGAGGGCCUCACACGCUCCCUGGCCAAAGAGGUCGCCUCUCGAAGUGUUCGAGUCAACUUGGUGGCUCCAGGGCUCAUCCGGACAGACAUGACAGCGGGUCUUAAGGAGGAGGACGCCGGGAGGAGAAUUCCACUGGGCCGUUUUGGUGAGCCAGAGGAAGUAGCACAGGCUGUUCUGUUCCUCCUGGAGUCACCUUAUAUUACAGGGCAGGUUCUGCUUGUGGAUGGAGGACUACGGCUGGUCAUGUGAUGCCUGAUUACUGCCUGUACACCACUACUGAUGGGACUAGUGGCACAGCUCGUUCCUUUGAGGGCAGAGCGAAGUGGAUUUUUGGAAUGCUGUUGAUGGAAGGGGAGGACAUUACGCUUCACUUUAGGGCCUACUCCAUCUCGGCUAUGGGGCAGUUAUGGACAUGAUAUAGGUUGAAAGUUUGUCUGAACAGUUAAGAUUCAUAUGGAUUUUGAUCAUUUUUAUCACAGGCUAACUUUUUGCCUUUGGAAAGAUGAUAAAGAACAGGCUGUUCCUUUUUAGUGCCCGUCACUGGCUCAGUUUGUAGCCAUUGAUGUGAAAUUAUGUCCUUAUGAGUUUAUGAUCAUGCUCAACAGAAGACAACAGGUAAAUGUCAUAUGUUCAGUGUGUUACAUUACCCUGCAUGAAUUCAGGGCUGCUGCUAAUGACUAUUUAGUAACUGAUUAAUCUAUAGGAUGUUUUAUUGAUGUAUAGAUUAUUUUAAUCAACAGUGAAUAUGCAUAUCGAGAGCUACAGUGAUAUAUCUACAGUGUUAUGUAGUCGAUAAAGUCAGCGUCAGUCUGUUGUGCUACCAGUGCAUUCAGUAUUCAUGCGGUGUUCUCUGUCUUGGCAUCAGCAUCAUGACAUUUCAGCAGAAAUCUAGGACUGGAUUUGGCAAAAUUACAUGUUGACUGGAGGUUCUUUUGAUAAAGCGUCCAAAUGUUAA